CUACUACUAGGUACACGAUGGUUGAGCCUGCACCUAGAUCUGCAACUGACGGACUUUCUUUUGAUGAAUUGAAAAUGGGAAAUCAAAUCCAGUGUUUCGAAACAAAGCAACCAGACGCUUGCUUCGCCCUGGGGAACUUAUUUGCUCAAGUAGAUAAACGUGAAGACAAAGCAGCCAAAUUAUACCAGUACGCCUGUGAUACAUACAAACAUGCACCAAGCUGUUAUUACCUCAGCAACUAUUUUUAUUAUGCAAGAGGUAAUUUAUAUAAAGAUACUAAAAAGUUCCUUGAGUAUGGAAACUUGGGAUGUGACUAUGGAAAUGGAGAUUCAUGUAAAGCAUUGGCUGGUUUCUUUCACCCAGAGCAUACCAAUAUCCCAUUUGCCGAAGAAAGUGAUUUUAAAAUGCAAGAUUUUAAUAAAACUAUGAAAUACUUUGAAAAAGGAUGUCAGAACAAUAGUGGAAAAUGCUGUUAUGAGGCUGGGAAAGUAUACUUAUACGGAUGUGAGAAAUUCAAGUUUGACAAGCAUCCAGAGAAAGCUUUAGCUUUCAAUAUCAAAGCAUGUGAGAGAGGAGAAAGAGGGGGCUGUUUUCUUGCUUAUCACCAGUAUAAAGAUGGCGAAGGAGUUAAGGCUAAUGAUAGACUUGCAAAACUUUGUUUAUCAAAGUUUGAAAAUAUGGAUAUAGACGUUGAUUUAUCACGAUAAAUUCCAAAGAUUCUUUUGUUUUUGGUUCUGUAGUGCUUGUGGUGUACACAUGCCUGUUGCGAUUUUAUCUGGAUGUCUAUUUUUGAAAAUAAAUUAUGAAAUAAUGAAA